AUGGCGCUGCUUUCCGACGAGCUCCCGGCGCCCAACUUGACGCGCGUCAGGAUCCGCCCGCAGGGUUGCGGCGCCGGGGCGCUGCUUGACCGCUUCGGGGUCUUUGUCCAGGCGCUGCUGGCCUUGGUCGCCUUCAGCACGCUGAUGCUCAAACGAUUUAAGGAGCCCAAAGAAGAGAGGCGAUCUUGGAGAAUAUGGUUUUAUGACACCUCCAAGCAAGCCCUCGGAGCUGUCUUCAUCCACUUUGCCAACGUCUUCUUAUCUGACCUGACGGAAAACGAUCCAUGUUCUCUUUAUUUGAUGAACUUCAUCCUGGAUGCCACUUUGGGAAUGCUGCUGAUCUGGCUCGGGGUGAAAACAGUCUCAUGGAUGGUGGUGUGGUGCCAAUGUCCCUCUCUUGUCUUUGGCGAGUACGGGGAUCCACCACAAGCAGCUGCUUGGAUUGGCCAAUGCUUUCUCUACUUGCUCAUAAUGAUCUUUGAGAAAACGGCCGUUGGUCUUGUCUUACUUAUUCCCGGGUGGACGAAGCUUCAGGAAAUCCUCCUGGAUUACAUCCCUUCUCCUCAGCUGGAGCUGGUCUUGGUGAUUCUUGUUGUUCCUUUUAUAGUCAAUAGGCAUACGGGCAUCCGAAUUCAGCACGAUUCCGUAUAG